GUUAGUCUGUUGAAUUCCAAGAUCCCAACUUUAACUUUCUAGAAAAUCAAGUCCCUAUAUAUACUCUUGAAGCAACAUUCUUGGAUUACCUAAACUACCAAAUUUUCAAUAAAAAUUGAGUCUUUAUAUUUCCUUUGAUUGAAUUCCAAAAAUCCCAACUUUAUUUUCUUGAAAAAAUUAUUUGGUUCUGAUUCUUUCUGAAUUCUCAAAAAGAUGCCACCUUUUGCUGGAUCUAAUCCUCUUUCUUAUGGUUUUUCAAGAAACUCCAUUGAUUCAGCUUCAAAUAUUAUCACCAUUGAUGUUGGAGGUCAGCUUUUUCAAACAACCAAACAGACCUUAAAGCAAUCAGGUUCAAAAUCCCUUCUUUCUGAAAUUACCAAUUUUAAUGAUGGUGUCCUUCCUUUUAUUGAUAGAGACCCUGAAAUUUUCUCUAUUUUACUUUCCCUUUUAAGAACUGGAAAUUUACCCUCAAAAGCUAAAACCUUUGAUAUUCAAGAUUUGAUUUUUGAAUCUCAGUUCUAUGGUGUAGAACAUCUUUUAUUAAAUUCUCAAUCAAACCCAUCUCAGUUUGAGCCUUUUGAUCUUGAAAAAUCUGUUAUUUUGCCUUUAAGUGGUAGAGAUUCACCUACAGCUAUUUCCACAACUCAACUUGGUUCAGUUCAAGUUGCUCAUGGUUGUAAAAUCACUUCAUUUGAUUGGUCACUUAAGAGAAAAUCUACUAUUUUGACUCAAUUUGCUGGAAUUGAUUCUAUGUUAUCUUUGUCCCCUAGUAUUGUUGCAGCUGGUGCUACUGAUUUUUCAGGAUUACAAAUUAUUGAUGUAAGUAAAGGGUUUGUUAAGGAGACAUUAAAUUGGGAAAAUGUGACUAAAUCUGGUUCAACAGUACAAGCAAUAGGAUCCUCAAAAGAUUUCUUGUUUACUAGUUUUGAAUCAAGUAGGAGAAAUUCUAACUGCAUUAUGAUAUAUGAUCUUAACGAUAGUUUUAGGCCUGUUGCUGAGAUUGGACAUUAUGAAAUCUUUGGUGCUGAAUUGGAUUCAGCAAUUCCAGCUACUAAAUUAAGUUGGAUUUCUAGUCAUAACUUGUUGAUGGCCGCUGGAUCGCAUAGUGGACCUUCUGGUGUAAGGGGGAAUAUUAGAUUUUGGGAUAUAAGGUCAGGUAAUGUAGUGUGGGAGAUAAAGGAAAAUGUUGAUUGUUUCUCUGAUUGUACAGUUUCGGAUGAUCUUUCCGCCAUUUUGAAAGUUGGCGUGCAUUCGGGUGAAGUUUUCAUUUCUGAUUUGAGGAAUAUUGGUGGUGAGAAUUCUUGGACUUGUCUUGGUGAUCAGAGAAAGGUAACAAAUGGUAAAAAAGAAGGUUUUGGAUGUAAGAUUGAGAGUCAUGGAAAUCAAGUAUUUUGUAGUAAAGGAGGAAAUCUUGAAUUAUGGUCAGAGGUUUUGAUUGGUAAUUCUAUAAAAGAUAGAGUUUUUAGGAAAAAUUCAAUGGGAAGAGCAAAAGAUAUUUGUGGUAAUAAGAUAACACACUUCAGUUUUGGAGGGAACAAAAUGUUUGUUACAAGAAAAGACCAGCAAUUUGUUGAAGUUUGGCAGAGUUCAGUAAGGGGAUUCUAAGUUUUGCAAGCUUUGGCUUUCCUUGCCCCGGCCUCUCACUUUGUUUCGUUCUUCUUCUGUAUUGUCCCUUGAAUGAAGACGCCCAAUCGGCUUGACUCUAAUAGAAAGAAAGGGUAAGCGUGACAACUUUUACACUAAUUUUCAAGUGGAUGAGAUUGGUCGAGUGGUCUCAGUUGGUGGAAGAGUAGAUUAGGUGGAAUUUUUUCACUUAGUAACUACCUUGUUUUCAAUUUCUGAUUCUUAUUUAUUUAUCUGUAAAUACUUUCUUUAGUUCAUUGCAAAAAAUUGUAUGCAUAUGAAGUUUGGAAUAUCAAACCAUAAUAUGCUUGCCAAUAUCUUCCAUCUAGAGCUUGCUUUACUCUGCCUUAUGUAUGAUUCCACUGUCACAAUUUCCAGCCUUCCCAUUUUCUAAGUUUUUGUGACUCGCUUAUUUCAAUUUCAUGGAAACAGCCUCUCUACAUUUUCGGGGUAAGAGUAAGGUUUGCGCACACACUAUCUUUCCAGAACCUAGUCCCACAAGUGGGGUCUGGUGAGGGUAGACAGUACACAGACCUUACCAGUUACCCCUGCAGUGAAUGUACAGAGGGUGUUUCCAGCAGGCCCUCGGCACGAGGAUUUUCUCCAUACACCACUUCUGGGAAUUCACUGGGUUAUUGUUAUUGUUGCUUAUUUCAAUUUCAAUCUGUCACUAGUUGUUUGAGUCUGAGAUUGCUGUGAUAUUCAGGGCUCCUUAGUUUACUUUACCAGAAAAUCUUGCUGGCUGCUGUGACUAAUAUACCAUAUAUUAUAGUAUGUGUUUUGUACUAUACAGGUGGAUUUGUUUCUUAGUUUUCACUUGAUUCUGUCAUUAUGGGACUGCUUAGAAUAGAUCCCAAUACUAUAAAUUAAGUAAUAGCGGGCAAAUCACCCCAAAUACAGUUCCAUUGAAUUUUCUCCCUUUUAUUGUCUUUUUUGAGUUUUCACCUGGUAUCCGGUAUUUGCAAAUUCGUGAUCAUAUCAUAUUUAUUCAAGAGUCAAAUAAAAGUUAUGCCAUAUAUUAAUAACAAAGAGAAGGAAUACUAAUGGUGUUAGUUGAUAAUGUGAGUUCCUGCAAACCUUUUUGAGUAUUAGCAUGUGAUAAGUAAGAAAAGGUACUGCUCUUUGUCAAUAGGAAAACUUUUUUUUUUUGUCUUUUCGGGAGGAAAGUCUUAGCGUAACUGGUAAAGUUACUGCCAUGUGACAAAGAGGUUACGGAUUUGAGUUGUUGGAACAACCUCUUGCAGAAAUGCAGGGUAAUGCUGAAUUACAAUAGACCCUUGUGGUCUGGCCCUUUCCCGGACCUUGUGCAUAGCGGGGGCUUAGUGUACCAGACUGUUUUUUUUUUUUUUUUUUUUUUUUUGGUCUUUUCGCUUAUAAAUGCUCCAAAUCCAAUGGUAAACUUCAGUUGCUGAAUAGUCUGGUUUUCAAUAGUCACCUAGUUGAGACACCUCAUUAGAGAAAGUGCUAAAUGAGUCAACAACAAAAAUAACAUACCCAAUAUAAUUUCACAAGUGGAGUUUGGGGAAGAUAGUGUGUACGCAACCUUAUCCCCUAUCUUGUGUAAGUAGAGAUGCUAUUUCCGAUAAAUCCUCAGCUCAAGCAAGCGUGCAUAAUCAAUCACAACAAAAUAAAGAGAGAAACACAAUAGUGAAAAAGUCAAAGAAGCAGUAAUACCAACAAAAUAAUAGAAUAACCAGAACAAAAGCAUUCAAGUAGUAAUAGAAUCUAAGGAAUAUAAAGUGAUAUUAUAUUAUAUUGAAAAGGAUAGAAGUGAGGAAGCUUUAUUUGGAUCUUAGUUCUGUUUUAUGUUAAUUGUGAUCUUGUUUUACAUCCACAAGUUGGCAGCAGCUUUACCAAAUCUCUGUCUUAUGCAUCCUAUACAAUCUGUUCAAUUACCAGACUUAUUGUCAUGUUGUUUUACAGCCACAAAUUGGCAUCAGCUUUACCAAAGUUUUGGCCUUUGGCAUCUAGACAUCAGCCUAAUCAGGAAACUUAUGAGUUGUCAAUCUGAAUCCAAAAAGUUUAAAUUCUGAAUCAGCUUUUGCCCAAUGCCUGACUAACUCGGACUAAAGUCGAGGAGGAAAUAUUCCCUACCAAGAGAUUUUCAUUCACAUGGCUCGAAACCGUGUGUGUAGUUGCUGAACUGUGAACUACCUAUCUACACAUAACAUGUAAAAGAUGUCUCACAAGUUUUUACAUUCUUUUCUCCUACACAAUAAACACUAAUUCACUACAGCAACUACUGACUAAUUCUUAUAUUCUUUAGUCCUUCACUUUUUUUCAGCCCUGCUCUCGUCUCCUGAAAUUGAAAUCCUGCAUACAGAAGGUGCAAAUCUCUCCUUCCUGAUAUUGACUAGGUCAACAUUUUCUAACCAAUACUCCGUUAUUCCCUCAUCAUUGCACCAUUAGCGAAGACGCUGAGUCCCUCUAGGUGAAACCUCACCUUCCAGCUGCUCGAGCACUUGAUCAAUCUCAUCAGGAUAUUUAAUAUCAGCUUCCUCAUCAUCACCAUUUUCAUUUACUGAUUCUUCGCUAUCUCUUUUAUUUUUAUUUUUUAUUUUUUUGGUAAAUAAAAUAUUUUUAUUAACCAACUGAAAGUAUUACAUCAAAAAAAAAAACCUGCAUACUAUAAACACAGUUUUAGCAGAUUAGAACUCUCUAUCUCCUAUAACUUUUCUCCCUAACUAAAACUCUAAACAUGAUAGAAAUUAAGGGAUUGCAAUUGUGUCAUGAUCUUAGGUUGCGAAUUUCCUCUAUAGAAUAUCUCCUGGAUGAUGAUUCGAAUAAUAGCUUCAGUACUUUUGCAAUUACCUUGAAAGAUCCUCUGAUUUCUCUCUUUCCAAAUUUGAUAUACACUCCCAGCUACUGUCAUUCUGAACACAUGUGCACCGGCAUUUUUACCUUUAUAAUUGGAUGCCAUCCAUUUAAACUCAUCUUGCCAACUUAGAGUAGACCUUCUUAUGCCUUGCUAUUUAAGAAGAUUCUCCCAUAUAGCUGCAGAGUAGGGGCACUUAAAAAAUAAAUGAGAGGUGGUCUCAAUCUCUGAUGAACACAAGGAACAAUCUUGGUUGAUGCAUAUUUCCCAUGUUGUUAAUCUAUCCUUUGUGUAUAGUCUCUCCCAAGCUGCUAAUCUCAAUAUAAAAAUCCACUUCGGUGCACCAAAAUUGUUCCAAAUGACUCUCCUCCAAGGUACCUUCUCAAAUAUAUCCUGAAGUGCAUGAUACAUUUUUUUUUAUAGAGAAGGUUUCCAUUGUGUAAAGCUCUUCUAGAUCAUACCCUGCUUCAUCCAAAUACUUCUUGGCUUUGAAGACUUUUUGAAUCAUCCAUGAAGCUUGCUUAAUGCUAGCAUCCUCAAGUUGUCUCCCUUUUAUGUAAUAUGUGUGUGCCCAUUAGACCCAAAGCUUAUAUUUUUUCUUGUAUACAUUCCAAAGUAGUUUAGCAAUUGCAGCUUUAUUCUACGUAAGCACAUCUAGCAUGUUAAUCCCACCUGCUGAUUUUGGCCUGCACAAUUUAUCCCAAGCAAUAAGGAUUUUUUUGUAUGAGUUUGAAUUUGACCGACCACGACCUUUAGUGAGCGCGAAAGACGGCCGAGCACCUGCGAGUCGAUGCCCAGAAGGGUACGACCUUGUAGUAAAAGAAAGAAUAAUACGACCUCGGUGGUAGAGUAAGCAUAUUAGGGGACAUUGAGAAUAUUCCUAAAAAAGGAUCUUUUGCAUGUCGUUUCUAGGGGAGGGGAAUUCCUCAAUAUAUAAUAGGAAUGAGAGCUUUGUAAAAGGGGCAGACUCUGUAAAAUUCACGAACCUUGAAUGAAAAAGGAUAUUUACAAUUCUCUUCUCUCUAUUACUAUCAUCCUAGAGUUUAUUAUCCUCAUCCACGAUUUAACCCUUCAUCUUUAAUUGAUUUGUUCAAAAAGGUUUUAAUAUCUUUUGAGUCAAACAAUUUGGUGUCGUCUAUGGGGAUUUCUAUAGGUGAAAUCAUAGUUCUCAUCUAGGUUCUUGAAAGUGACGAUUACUGUUCUUCAAACCUCAUAAAAACCAACAAUGGCGGAAAAAGAAGCGAGGCUGAAGAUGAUAGUAAAUGUCUCAAACAAUCUCCUGAACUCCCUCAACGAAGACGGUAGAGAAGACAUCGAGAAUACAACACCAAGAGUUAUACCGGAGGGGGAGAUCUCACCUUCUCCAUAUGGGGAUCUAACGGUCUUGCGCCAAAGGAGAGCCUCAACGUCCACGGUGGGGAAAACACCACCAGCAAUCAAAAAGAUGCUAGAAGAAUGGUUGACAAGCGCUCUGAGCAACAUGCUCGAAAAAACCCCUCAAGGAAAUAUCGAAGACUUACCACCAACAGAAAUCGCAGCUACCACCAGCGAGCCAAGCACUACACGAACGAGCAACACCCGUCAUGUCACUGAUGCAGAUGACGAUGUAGUCAUGGCCAUCUUAAAGAAAAUGGAAGAGAUGGAAAACGAGAACAAAACACUCCGUGAUUAAAUGAAAGAGCAUCAGGAAAGGGUUGAACAAAAUACCAGGCGCCCCUAAGCUAUUACCAAAAUGCGAUGUGGGCCGAUUCGUCGACAACCAUACAGCGACGGGGCUGCUCCUCAUCCUAUUCCAAAAACUUUCAAGAUACCGCCAUACUUGAAAAUAUACGACGAGACCACGGACUCGGAGGAUCAUCUAAUCUAUUAUGUUACUGUAGUAAAGGGCAACGACUUGUCAAAGGAACAUGUACCAUCUGUGCUGCUAAAAAAGUUUGGUAAGACUUUGACAGGGGGAGCAUUGACGUGGUACUCCCAGCUACCAGCACGAUCAAUAUCAAUAUUUGAUGAAAUGUCGGAUAAAUUCGCCACCGCUCAUGCAGGGGCGAAGAAGGCUGAAGCUAGGGUCAAUGAUAUCUUCGCUGUCAGGCAAACAACGGGCAAGGGACUUCGGGACUUCCUGGCUAGAUUCAAUAGAGUAAGGAUGAGCCUGUCGAACGUGUUAGAAGGGAUGACAGUAGCAGCCUUUCAAAAUGGGUUAAACAGGAACGGAUCAAAGGCAACCAAAAAACUGCUCAGCAGACUCAUGAAGUACCCCCCACCACAUGGGAAGAGAUCCACAACGCCUAUUGCCCCGAGGUAAGGGCAGAUGAGGACGAUCUGAAUGGCCCGAUUCAGCGAUUAACGUCGGUUCAGACCGAGGCAAGGAGAGAUCAAUGUAAUGAUGGGAGAAGGGAUCAACCCCCACGUUUCAAUCGAGAAAGGCAUCAACCUUAUGUUCGAACAUCUAACCCGCUGCCUCUAAGACAUCCGGAUGUCGUGCUACGACACACCGCAACCCUUCGAAACGAAAGAGGUAUGCCUCCAUUGUUAUCUGCUCAUAACUUUUGUGUUUCCCCUUCAGAGAUAGUGUACGCAUUGGAGAAGCUAGGCACGAAGGUGCAGUGGCCGUAAAAAAUGAAAUCGGACCCAAGCACCAGGAGGUCAAACGUCCUCUGUGAAUUCCGUCAAGAAAGAGGACACAAGACCGAAGAUUGCAUAGGUCUGUAGCAGGAAGUAGUUAGGAUGUUGAACCAGGGGUACCUUAAAGAACUGCUCAGCAAUAAAGGGAUGGACAACUUCGCUAGAGGACGCGAUCCAUCUCAAGGACCUCCAAAGCCACCGUCGCCAGCAUGCACCAUACAGAUGAUCACUGGUGGUAGCAAUGACACGGUAAUCAACCAUGUGAAAUUCACCACCACGCAUAAACUCAAAUGGACGGUCGCCUACGAAUGGUCUGAUGACCUAGAAGACAGUAUCAUCUUCGAUAAGUCAGAUGUCGACGGUUUGUCUUUCCUUCACUAUAAUGCUUUGGUUAUAACUUUAUGCAUCGCUGAUACAGAUGUAAAAAGAAUCAUGGUAGACGACGAAAGCGGCGCGUGUAUUGUUCACCCGCGAGUCCUCAUGCAAAUGAGGCUUGAGGAUAAAAUAAUACCGCGUUGCAUAACACUAAUGGGUUUUAACAAUGCAGUAGAGCGAACAUCCGGAGAAAUAGUGCUGCUUGUCCUAGUAGGAGGAGUUACACUGGAAACAACAUUCCACGUCAUGAACCAGGAUACAACCUAUAACGCCAUCAUAGGGCGACCAUGGAUACACGUCAUGCGAGCCGUCCCCUCAAGCUUCUAUCAAGUGAUCAAAUUUACCACCCCGUGGGGAAUAUUCAGUAUCCGAGGCGAGCCACGCACCGUCCAAGAAUGCUAUCGGAUCUCCCAAGAUUGCACGCACACCAAACAACUGAAAGGAGCAAGUGUGGAGGCAUAACAAUCAGCCAUGUCGGGAACUAAACCCGACCCACAAGCAGAGGCCAUCAAGGACCCAGAUGUCGUGGAAGCCUGCAAGGCAACUAUAGAGGAUCUUGACCCCGUCCAAUUGGAUGACGCUAACAACACAAAAAAGGCUUACAUAGGGCACAACCUCUCGGAUCCAGGUAAGUAUCGUGAAUUUUUAAAUAACAACGCCGAUUUGUUUGCCUUCUCCCACUCAGAUAUGCCAGGAAUCCCAAAGGACAUCGCCACUCACAAACUGAAUGUCGACCCACUCUAUCUGCCGGUAUGGCAAAUGAGGAGAAAGUUCAAUGCUGCAAUCAAUGAAGCAAUCAACGAAGAUGUGGAUAAAUUACUCACUAACGGUUCCAUCAGAGAAUCAAAGUACCCCCAAUGGGUCGCCAACGCGGUCAUGGUCAAAAAGAAGAACGGGAAAUGGCGAAUGUGUGUGGACUUCACCAAUCUAAGCAAAGCAUGCCCAAAGGAUUCCUUCCCGUUACCCCAUAUCGACUAACUGAUCGAUGCGACAAUGGGGCAUGAAUUGCUGAGCUUCUUAGACGUCUACUCCGGUUACAAUCAAAUCCUAAUGGCUGAAGAAGAUCAAGAAAAGACAACUUUCAUCACUCACCAAGUAACGUUUUGCUAUAAAGUGAUGUCGUUCAGACUCAAGAAUGCAGGGGCCAUGUACCAGAGGCUAGUUACCAAGAUGUUCAAAGAGCAGCUCGGCAAGACCAUGGAGGUCUAUAUUAAUGACAUGUUGGUAAUGUCGGCAAAGAAGGAGGAUCACAUUAGCCAUCUGAAAGAAGCCUUCGAAAUAUUAAGGCAGUAUGGGAUGAAGUUAAAUCCCGAGAAGUGCACUUGCGGCGUAACCUUAGGAAAAUUCCUCGGCUUCCUCAUAUCACAAAGGGGAAUCGAAGUCAACUCAGAUCAAAUCAAAGCCAUCGAUACAAUACCAAAGGUACUGACCAGCAAAAAACAGGCACAAAAGCUAAAUAGCCGCAUUGUCGAGGUUCAUUUCACGAUCCUCGAACAGAUGCCACAAAUUCUUCAAUGUGCUGAGAAAAGACCACGGGUUACAAUGGAACGAGGAAUG